CACUGAUGACUCCGUCUCCCUCCGCCAAUUCACAAGCAAUGGCUUCCUCAACUUUGCCAGCCGAGACUCCGGCGACCAACGGGGUCAUGGUGAACGGCGUGGAAGGCACCAGCUGGAGCAAUGGCUCGACUAGCCGCCCUUACACACCCCACAGAACUCCUAGCCUCAGCGGUCUCUCUCUCACCGAGUACAGCGCACAGCCAUCUCCGCCAUCGGAGGACAAGAAGGCCAAGAUAACGAAGAUUGUGCCCGACGAGUUCCUGCUUCCCAACGGACACCCCGAUUAUCUCCGCCUAAUCAUCACAUCCUACCCCAGGGUCAGGGAAGUCUGCAAGGAGACCCCCUUAGUCCAGGCCGCCAACCUCAGCAACCGUCUCGAGUGCAACGUCCUCCUCAAGCGCGAAGAUGAGCAGCCCGUCUUCAGCUUCAAGCUGCGCGGCGCCUACAACAAGAUGGCCCACCUGGACCCGGCCGAGUCGUGGAAGGGCGUCGUGUGCUGCAGCGCCGGCAACCAUGCCCAGGGGGUGGCCUAUUCGGCCCGCAAGCUGAAGAUACCCGCCACCAUCGUCAUGCCCAAAGGGACGCCCAGCAUCAAGCACCUGAACGUGUCGCGGCUGGGCGGCCAUGUCGUGCUCCACGGCGCCGACUUCGACGAGGCCAAGGAGGAGUGCUCCAGGCGCGAGAAGCAGGGCGGCCUGAUCAACAUCCACCCCUUCGACGAUCCCUACGUGAUUGCCGGCCAGGGCACCAUCGGCAUGGAGAUCCUGUCGCAGACGAACCUGCAGAAGCUGCAGGCCAUAUUCUGCUGCGUGGGUGGAGGCGGUCUGAUCUCGGGCGUUGGCGUCUACGUCAAGCGUAUCGCGCCGCACGUCAAGAUCAUCGGCGUCGAGACGUACGAUGCGGACGCCAUGACUCAGUCUCUGGCCAAGGGGGAGCGUGUCCUGCUCAAGGAUGUCGGCCUGUUUGCGGAUGGCGCCGCCGUGAAGACGGUUGGCGAGGAGACCUUCCGCAUCUGCCAGGAGGUCGUCGACGAGACGGUCCUGGUCACCACCGACGAGGCAUGCGCCGCGAUCAAGGACAUGUUUGAGGACACUCGGUCCAUCGUCGAGCCUGCCGGCGCGCUGGCCGUCGCUGGCCUCAAGAAAUGGGUUGCUGCGAACCCGUCAAGCGAUCCGGGCCGGUCACUAGUCGCCAUCACCUCGGGCGCGAACAUGAACUUCGACCGGCUAGGCUUCGUCGCAGCCCGUGCCACCAUCGGCGACGGCCGGGAAGUCCUCUUGGCCGCCAAGAUCCCCGAGCGGCACGGCUCCUUCAUCGAGCUCAUCAACGCGAUCAUGCCCCACGCGGUCACCGAGUUCGCCUACCGAUACCACACCGACGCCGAGGCGAACAUCCUGCUCGGCAUCUCGCUCACCGCGCCGGGGGCGCAGCGGGCGCGGGAGCUCGAGACCCUCGUGGAGCGCCUCCGCGAGUCCGGGAGCAUGUCCGUGGUGGACCUGUCGGGCGACGAGCUGGCCAAGACGCACGUGCGGUACAUGGUCGGGGGCCGGUCCGACGCGCCCGACGAGCGGCUCUACAUGUUCAAGUUCCCCGAGCGGCCGGGCGCGCUCGAGAGGUUCCUCAAGACGCUGCGGCCAAAGUACAACAUCAGCCUGUUCCAGUACCGCAACUACGGCGGCGACGUCGGGCAGGUCCUCACCGGCAUCCAGUGCCCCGACGGCGAGAGGGCCGAGCUGGAGAGCUUCCUCAAGGAGAUCGGAUACCCCUGGGUCGACUGUACCGAGUCGAGUGUCUAUAAGACGUUCCUACGGAGCGCAUAGGGCCUGCUGUGUAGUUUGGCGUUGUUUGGGGCUUUUUGGGGGGGUUUUGUUAGGAGUAGAAAUGCUUUUUUUUGGCAUAUAGAUAGAAUCUGCGCUACAAUCACAUUACAGUUUGGUUUGGAAGAUUCAUGUCAGUCGACAUCCCGUAUUAUAAAUCGGGAAUUAAAUCAACAGAGUCUUCUGCUGUCAACCCGAUCUAUCUAGGUCUCAUGAGUUUGUCUGAAUAAUCCUCGAUGUUAAUAAGAAUGAUCACCGUUUGUAUC